UCUUAUGGAUUCACCUCUGAAUACGUGUUUUGUGGUUAAUGUGUAACAUGUAGAGCACACUUGCACUUUGUUCCCCCAAAAAAAUACAGAAAUUUCAGGCACAAUCUGGGCCAAGCUGAAAGGUACGUGUGUUAUUUCGUUAAACUUAAAAACAAACUGAAUUUUGGAGCGUUUUCUAAGUAUAAUGAAGAAAUGAGUAUUCAGUUGGUGUAAUCUUAUAACUUUUUUGUAGAUUUAGUGAUUGUGCUGCUGUACAGUGGUGCUUUUUUUUUUUAUUUCUCGUUUCUGGGUGUGCACCCAAAACUUUCCAGGUUCUGAUUUUGAUGUUAAACACAAUGAAGAUGGCCUGUUUUCUCUUUGUGGCCCUCCUGUGCUUUCUGACUCCUAUCCACCAAGCUGAACCUAACAGUGCCACCAUCUCAGAUCUCUCCUUCAAAAAUAUGGACUUUGCCAUGAACCUUUACAGAAAGAUAUCCAGUUACAAUGACAAGAACAUCUUUUUUUCCCCCCUGAGUAUCUCUACCAGUUUUGCGGCUCUUCUAAUGGCUUCUGACGGUGUCACACACAAGGAGAUCCUGAAGGUACUAAACCUGGAGGCGCUGGAGAGGGCCGACCAGCCGGAUCUUAUCCCUAAGCUAUUUCAACUCCUUCACGAGAACGUCACGCAAAAUGGAUCGCUGAAAUUUGAUCAUAGCAUGGCCUUGUUUAUCCAACCCCAAUUUAUCAUAGAGAGGGAGUUUGAAACCAAAAUCAAUAAGUUUUUUAAUGCAGAUAUCAAAACUGUUGAUUUUGCGGACACAACAGAGAGUAUCAGAGUAAUCAAUGAGUACAUUAGGGACAAGACUGGAGGCAAGAUUACAGAGAUGAUUUCAGCCUUGGACGAACAAACCAAACUCCUGUUAAUGAAUGCAAUUUUCUUUCAAGGAGCCUGGAAGAUGCCUUUCAACUCCAAUUUGACUCGAAAUGCACCCUUCUACAUCGAUAAUUAUAAUAUUGUGCAGGUGCCUAUGAUGUUCAAAGAAGACAAGUACUACACUGCAGAAGAUGUUUCUCUGAGAGCCAAAGUGCUGAAACUGCCAUACCAAGAGGGUGUUUCCAUGCUUAUCCUGCUCCCCAACCCAGACAUGGACUACACUAUGGUGGAUGAUGAGAUUACUGCAGAGAGGUUUCAGAGCUGGAUCGCAAAGCUGAGAAAAAUGAAACUAGAAGUCAAGAUGCCCAAAUUCAACAUGGAGCAGUCGUAUUCCCUGCAUAAUCUCCUACCAGAUAUGGGCAUGACCAGUGUCUUUAAUAAUUUGUCCAAUUUGACAAAGCUCAGUGAGGACAAAGGGCUCAAGCUGUCAGAGGUGCUUCACAAGGCCAUGGUUGAUGUGGAUGAGACAGGAACAACUGCAGCAGCUGCCACAACAAUCGGUAUCAUUCCAUACUCCCUGCCGAGGACCUUCACUAUAAACAGACCCUUCUUCUUCUUCAUAUACCAUGAAAACACAAACUGCCUGCUGUUCAUGGGGAGGGUGAUUGACCCCACCAAAAAAUAGUUUUGCCACUGUAAUGUGUUCAUUCUUAAGUGGCUUCUACAUGACUCAUUUGGUGGAUGUUUUAAUCCCAGACAGUUUAAAGCUUGUUUUUUUCUGUUCUGUUCCUACAACAUAAUUCACCAAUAAUAAUAAAGACGUCACCUGCAUCACAAACUUGGAUCUUUUAAAUGUGCGUACAUCUCCAAAUUAUGACAACCAGAGUAAAUGUAAUCACUUAAUCGACAAAUUACUGCUGUAACUGCAUCUGUCAAACAAAAACAUCAGUACCACUUUCUAAUAAUGCACAUCUUAUCAGGUUAUUAAACUGAUGCUACUGGUUGACUAUAAUAAUUGUAAAUAAAAAUUCUUCUUUUGCCUUAAA